AUGGAUGGGCUUCAAAAGUACAUUGAUGAGUUUUUGCAAGUGAUCAAGGACGCCAAAACCAGCAGGAAAGACGAAGAAGCGGGCAAAAGACUAGCGUUUUUGCUAACGAUUAACCCCGGAACUGACGAAGCUGCACGGCGUAAAAACUUCAAGAUCCCCAACGAGUUUGACAUUUAUAAAGUUCCCGACAAAUUCAAGCAGUUGAUAGUGUUGCAUCUCCAAUUGAUCCAGGCUAUACACGUGAAUCGGUCGUUCAACGAUGCGUUCAACCUAUCAAACGAAUUAUGCUUGGCCCUCGUGAGAGCAUCUGAGCAGCAGGAUAGAUGGAUUAUGCCGGCGCUCAUCUCGAGCUUUUCCGAGUUUGUCACCAUUUACCAAAUCAAAAACAAGAGACAGCCGGAGGACUUGGACUCCUUCAUGAUCGAAGACGGCGAGUUUGACGUCUAUUCGUCGAAGAAGAAACUGAAUUUGGAAACAGUGAUUGACACGUUGAGGCGAGGGUUCCAUGUCGUUUUCAACGACAAGAACCCCGACCCAAAACAGAGCAAGAGAAACUAUGUCUAUUUCUUCUUGGGCAACUUGAUGAAGUUUUGUUUCAAGAUGGGCAAAUUGGAUUUUGCCAAGAGCAUCAUGAAAACGGUUGAGGCCAGUAAACUGAAUUUGCCGAGCAUGUCCCAGAACGUGGCAACGAGGAAAUCCGCCAUCACUUACUUGUACUAUAUGUCGAUCAUUGCCCUUGACAACGGCGAUUAUGCCACAAGCGAGGCAAAGCUAAGCGAGGCUUUCGAGUUGAUUGCUCUUUACAAUGUCAAAACUCGAUGCAGCAAGCAAGUCCAGAGACUCCUUUUGUAUCUAAUUCCCUUGCGUUUAUACCUUUAUGGUAAACUACCGAACGACUACAUCAAGACCAGCAGCUAUGAUGAGGGAAAACGUGCAGCAGUGGAGAAGGAUAAACUUUGGGACAGAUUCCCGCUUUUGCUGCUUCUUUACAAGGACUCAUUCAUCCCAGCAAUCAAGCAGGGCAACCUAUUGAAAUACAACAGCUUGAUUGAGCGCAGUCAAAGCUUGCUCUUAAACACGCACUUGUUCAUCUUGAUGCAACUAAUAACCCAAUUGGUGCAACUACAGUUGAUUAAAAAGACGUGGCAGAUAUGUCAAGAAUGCGAGACGAACCACAUUGUCAGCCUUAGUGCUUUCCAGAUGAGCUUUGUCUAUUCAAGCUACUACGACGAGCUGUAUUAUGGUCCAGGCUGCGAAGGGCAAGACUCGUUCAAAAUCGAAUCGUUUAUAAACAGCAUCAGUAUUCUUGAAGUGGAAACCAUAAUUGCCAACUUGAUUGGCCAGGGUAAGAUCAACGCCUACAUCAGUCACAGCCAGCAGUGCAUUGUUUUUUCUAAAACGAACCCGUUCCCAGGUUUUGGCCUUGGUAAAAAAGUGGGAGGGGUCGCUACUACAAAGAAUGUCAAUGCCAGCUCGGAAAGAAAAACCAUUGGCAAAAAAUGA